AUGGCCAAUUUCGAACUCGCUCGGAAAACCCCGCAUCUCAUCGUCCAGCCGGCCGAUGCGGCUCUCUCCCCACCUGAGAGCUAUCUUUUUGUUCAGGAUGGUCUCAUUAUUGCCUGUGGCGUAAUUUACGCCCUCUGCUACACAUUUUGCAUCAUCCGCACAUACAGCGACCACAUGUAUCCCGGUGCCCGCUGGGGCAGUAUCCAAUUCAUGGGCCCGAUCAUGGCUUACGAACUCUACUACGCCGUCGUGACGACUACGACUACGUUCGAACGAUUGGCUUUCCUGGCGUGGUUUAUGCUAGAUAUAUCUUUUGUAGCGACGGCGCUGCGAGGCGCGCACGCCCCGCGCGAGAGAUGGCCACUCCUGCGGAACAUCCUAGGUCUCGCGGUUGCGAGCCUCGUGGGGUUGAAAUAUCUUGGCAUGGCUUUUCCCGAUGAGCGCGAGCAGAUGACGGCGUAUUGGACUGGGAUUCUCCUGCAGUUUCCCAUCGGAUACGUCUGUCUUGGGUUGCUGUGGAGUGACGCCGACACGAGGGGCCACUCAUUGGAGAUCUGGCUCACGCGCUACCUCGGCUGCUUCACGGCCUAUGGUGUAUUCUUUUGGCGUUACUGGAAUAUUCCCCAGAACUGGUCGUACGUGGGCUCUCCGUGGAGCGUGUGGAUCAUCAUCCUGACCUUGGUGCCCGAGACGCUAUAUCCAUUUGUGUACUACAAGGUACAUAAUCAGAUGAAGCUGAAGGGGGAGUAG